AUGGAGAUGGGGAAUUACUCAGCCGUGACCGAAUUCUUUCUGGUGGGACUCUCCCAAUACUCAGAGCUCCAGCUCUUUCUGUUUGCACUCUGUCUCAUCAUGUAUGCAAUAAUCCUCCUGGAAAAUAGCCUCCUCAUUAUCAUCAGUAUUCCAGAUUCUCGCCUUCACACUCCUAUUCAUUUCUUCCUUGGGAAGCUCUCAUUCUUGGACAUCUCCUAAACAUCAUCAUCCAUUCCCCCAGUGCUCAUCAUAUUUAGGUCUGAAAGAAAAUUAAUCUCCUUCAUUGGCUAUGCUCUGCAGAUGGUUGUCUCUCUUGGUUUGGGCUGCACUGAGUGUGUCCUCCUGGCUGUGAUGGCCUAUGACCAGUAUGCGGCUAUCUGUAACCCACUGAGGUACCCCAUCCUCAUGAACAGGGCACGUUAGGUGCACAUGGCUGCCUGGUCUUGGAUCAUAGGCAGCUGUCUAAACUCCUCAGCACAAACCGUCCUAACAAUGGUAUUGCCCUUCUGUGGGAAUAACAUCACUGACCACCUUACCUGUGAGAUUCUGGCUCUUCUUAAACUCAUAUGUGCAGAUAUCUCCAUAAAUGUGCUUAUCAUGACAGUGGCAAGUAUUGUUUUAUUGAUGAUUCCUCUACUGUUAAUUUUUAUCUCCUAUGUUUUCAUCCUCUCUUCCAUCCUAAGAAUUAAUUCUGUUGAAGGGAGAACAAAAGCCUUUUCUACCUGUUCAGCCCACCUGACUGUUUUCAUCUUAUUCUGUGGUUCUGCCCUUUUUAUGUACACGAAGCCCCAAUCAAAGGACACAAAACCAUCCAAUGAAAUCAUCAGACUGUCUUACGGAGUGGUAACCCCAAUGUUGAACCCCAUCACCUACAGCCUGAGGAAUAAAGAAGUAAAAGAAGCAAUGAAGAAAGUCCUGAGAAGAUACCUGUAUAUUUUGAAGCCAUGA